AGCCUAAGCCAUAUCCCUGGAAACUGAGUAAAAAAAUUAGGUGGAAGGCAGAAAGGAAAUGAACGUAGAAACCUCCAGUGCACAAAGAAAGAUCCGUAUACACAAGCACGAGCAAGGAAACAGCAGGGUAUCUUUUACUACACGGAGGACGCGGAGCACCACAAACAGGAACUUUAAAGGGAUUGAAAUCUGUUGCCUGUUCCACUAGGAAUAUUGUUUGCAAGGCACAAGGUGUCUUUUGGUAGUGAGCACCCUCUGCGCAUGCGCAGGUCCAUUCGGGAAUUACUGCCCGGCCGCCGACUAAGUUGCAUUCCUUGAAUCUUCGCAGAAAAGACAAUUCUUUAAUCAGAGUUAGUAAUGUGGACAGUACAAAACCGAGAGAGUUUGGGGCUUCUCUCUUUCCCUGUGAUGAUUGCCAUGGUCUGUUGUGCACACAGCGCCAAUGAGCCCAGCAACAUGUCAUACGUGAAAGAGACAGUGGAUAGAUUGCUCAAAGGUUAUGACAUUCGCUUGCGGCCGGACUUUGGAGGGCCCCCCGUGGACGUCGGGAUGAGGAUCGAUGUCGCCAGCAUAGACAUGGUCUCCGAAGUGAACAUGGAUUAUACACUCACCAUGUAUUUCCAGCAGUCUUGGAAAGACAAAAGGCUUUCUUAUUCUGGAAUCCCACUAAACCUCACGCUAGACAACAGGGUAGCUGACCAACUCUGGGUACCAGACACCUACUUUCUGAAUGACAAGAAAUCAUUUGUGCAUGGGGUUACAGUGAAAAAUCGAAUGAUCCGACUGCAUCCUGAUGGAACAGUUCUCUACGGACUCCGGAUCACAACCACAGCUGCGUGUAUGAUGGAUCUACGAAGAUACCCUCUGGAUGAACAAAACUGCACCCUGGAGAUUGAAAGUUAUGGCUACACCACGGAUGACAUUGAGUUUUACUGGAAUGGAGGAGAAGGAGCAGUAACAGGAGUGAAUAAAAUUGAGCUUCCUCAGUUUUCAAUUGUUGACUAUAAGAUGGUGUCCAAGAAGGUGGAGUUCACAACAGGGGCAUAUCCACGACUGUCACUAAGUUUUCGUCUAAAGAGAAACAUUGGUUACUUCAUUUUGCAAACCUACAUGCCUUCCACACUGAUUACAAUUCUGUCCUGGGUGUCGUUUUGGAUCAACUAUGAUGCCUCUGCAGCCAGAGUCGCACUAGGAAUCACCACAGUGCUGACAAUGACAACCAUCAGCACUCACCUCAGGGAGACCCUGCCAAAGAUCCCCUAUGUCAAAGCAAUUGAUAUUUACCUGAUGGGUUGCUUUGUGUUCGUGUUCCUGGCUUUGCUGGAAUAUGCCUUUGUAAAUUACAUCUUCUUUGGAAAAGGCCCUCAGAAAAAAGGAGCUGGCAAACAAGACCAGAGCGCUAAUGAGAAGAACAAACUGGAGAUGAAUAAAGUCCAGGUGGACGCCCACGGCAACAUUCUCCUCAGCACCCUGGAGAUCAGGAACGAGACUAGCGGCUCGGAAGUGCUCACGGGCGGGAGCGACCCCAAGGCCACCAUGUACUCGUACGACAGUGCCAGCAUCCAGUACCGCAAGCCGCUGAGCAGCCGCGAGGCGUACGGGCGCGCGCUGGACCGGCACGGCGCCCACAGCAAGGGGCGCCUCCGCAGGCGCGCCUCGCAGCUCAAAGUCAAAAUCCCCGACUUGACUGAUGUGAAUUCCAUAGACAAGUGGUCCCGAAUGUUCUUCCCCAUCACCUUUUCUCUUUUUAACGUCGUUUAUUGGCUUUACUAUGUACACUAAGUUCAGUCCCCAUGGUUCCUUAAACGACUACCUUCCUCUUCUCUUAGUUUUUAAUCCCACAGGUCCCCAGCAGCGGUACUGCUGUGCUUUUUGAGGUAAGAGAUUCAGUCAUCCAAUUGGUUUUAGGUCUUGCAUAUCAAUUUUAUUACUGCACCAUGUUUACUUCAAAAAAAAAAAAAACUCUAUUUUUUUUUCCAGUCUACUGUGGUCCAGGUUACUGGCUCUUUCAGAGCUCUGUUAAUUGCCAUGUUUACAAACAAAUACACACAACGAGAGAAAUUAGAUAGGCCGAUCUUUAGCAGUUCUAGCCGCCCUGGAUUUGACUGAUUAUUUUUUAAGUAAAACUGAAAAGAGGACCCAGCUCUCUGUGUGCAUGGCUUCCUGGUCAACUGUAACAAUCUCAUGCUGCCAAAAAA